AAAUGGCGGAGACAAGCACAUAACCACAAACUGUGGUAUCAUACACAUGAGGAUGUGUACGACAUUGAGGUUAAUUGUGAUAUUUCAAUUUUGUAAUAUGUGAUCGUAACAUGAAUUCUGAAUUUGGUAAUUUUCAAGAGACUUAUGAUUGGAUCGAAUGCAAAUCCAUACAAUUUCCAGGAAAGGUAUAUUUUUUCAAUCUAAGAACACGUUAUAGCACAUGGUUUAGACCAGUGCCAAGAGAUGUGCAGCUUCAACAUUAUGACAAAAAACCGAAAACAUACAAUAAUGAUUUCGCGUCUGAUGUAGACAAUUCAAUAAUAUUGUCGUCAGAAGAUGAAAAAAAGAGCGACAAUUAUAUGAAUAACAAAAAAGUUGUCAAUAAGAAACACGUUAUAACAAGGAAAGUCAAGAAAAAAAUGUAUAAAAAAGGAACUUGCGAGAAUUCUAAGAUUUUUACACGUUCGCCCUACGAACUUCGCCCUACUACUGCUAUAAACUAUUCCAAUAACAAUGAAUAUUUUGAUAAUAUGAACUGUAUUUCCAAAGAUCUCCAUAUAAAAAAUAAUUAUUCAAAGUUACAGGAUUUUUGCUUUCGAGAAAAAGGGAUUUACAACCAUUUCAAUAAGUCGAUUGUACUAAAUUCUCAUAAGUCAUCUAUACUUGAAAAUAAAAUGAUAGUUAUAAAAAAAAACGAACAAUCUCCGAAUAAAAAUGAUAACUUCAUCUCUACUCUAAAUGUGCAAAAUAUAACUUCCAGUUGCCUGCUAAAGGAAAAAUCGCAAAAAAAUCAAAAUGCAAAGAAAUGUAAAGAAACGCAACUGAAAGAAUCGAAACUGGAAUCAUCAAAAAUUAUCGGUGAGAUGUAUGAUAAAGUUAACUAUGAUUCCGUCAAAUUAAAACUUCCGCCUGGAGUAAAAAUUACGAAACUUAGCGAUAGCAGCACAACUUUGUCAUCGUGGCACGACGGUGACAGAAAUGUUCAACUUGCUGUUCCGAAUAAUUUCGAAAUUCCUAAUGCAAAUUUGCACAUUAAUCUGAGUGAGUCAGAUUCAAGUAGUACUUCUUGCAGCUGUAGUACCUGUUCGACGUCAUCUGAUACAAAUAGCACGUCUUCUUCGGAUAUCUCUGAGAAAAAAUAAACAUGAAAUAAAUAUAAAAAUAUGUAUUUCUUAUAUAUUAUGAUUUUUUGAUAUAAGCAUUAUUAAAGAAUGACGUAGUCUUUCAAAAGAACAGAAUAAAAUGUUUGUUGUGACUUGUAUACGAAU